AAACUUGCACGCAACUAGUUUCUACUAUCUUCAUUUUCUUUUUAUUCAUUCAAACACAUUUUUGUUAGUAUAAUAUCAUUUUCAUUUGUUUCACUUGGAUUCAACAUGAAUCAGUGUUUUGAAAUCUUCGUAUUCGGUCUUGUGACCGAUUAAUUCAAGAGGACCAAUCCUACCGUCUAUUAGUGGGAUCCAUUUAAAACCAGAACAAAACUUUGUAUGGAUUGUCCAAUACAAAAAUUGUUAGCACCUAGUAGGAUUGAAAUUCAAAACCUUAAGAGGAACACACUCUUUAGACCCAAGCCUCCACCAACAGAUAAUUUUUUUUUUAAUAUUACUUUCAGGGGCGGUUCCAAGGCCCAGUGAGUACCUGGGUUCAACCUCUAUUUUCUUUUGUACUCUCCCAAUUUAAUACCCGAUUUUUAAAUAAAAUCAGGGAUAAAAUUAGUAAAAAUAAAAUAUAAAAAUUAAAACAAAUAAUCAAUAGUGUAAAAUUUUUGCCCAACUUGAAAUUCUUGGCUCCGCGAUUAUUUCAACAUUUUUUUAUUUUAAUAAAAUCAAUGACAAAUAUUUUUAAUUUGUUUUAACUAUAUCCCAUCACAACAAAUAUUGUGAUGAAUCAGAAUAUCACACCGCACAUGACAUAGUUGUAAAAACCUCUGUGUUUCUUUGUUGCUCUGUUCUCAGAUCUGGGAGAGUGAAAAUGCAGUCCAAUUGACAGCACAAACAAAACGACAUUAAGAAAAACAAACACUCUCUAGAGUUUCACAAUGGAGGAGAAAGAAGCAUACUCUAUAGAAGCUGCUGUUCCUACACACAAGGACUCCAAAUUGUUCGACGAUGACGACCGUCUUAAACGAACAGGAACGGUUUGGACAACAAGUUCGCAUAUAAUAACAGCAGUUGUAGGAUCAGGAGUGUUGUCGUUAGCAUGGGCCAUAGCUCAAUUGGGUUGGGUAAUUGGUCCUUCAGUUAUGAUUUUCUUCAGUCUCAUCACUUGGUAUACUUCAUCACUCCUAGCCGAAUGUUAUCGAAUAGGAGAUCCUCAUUACGGAAAAAGAAACUAUACUUUCAUGGAAGCAGUUCACACAAUUCUCGGUGGUUUCAAUGACACCCUUUGUGGGAUAGUUCAGUACACCAAUCUUUAUGGAACUGCAAUAGGAUACACUAUUGCUGCUUCCAUUAGUAUGAUGGCAAUAAAAAGGUCUGACUGUUUCCAUUCCUCAGGAGGAAAAGACCCAUGUCACAUUUCAAGCAAUCCAUACAUGAUCAGUUUUGGAGUAAUCCAAAUUUUCUUUUCUCAAAUUCCAGAUUUUCAUAAAAUGUGGUGGCUCUCAAUUCUUGCAGCAAUCAUGUCUUUCACCUAUUCCUUAAUUGGCCUUGGUCUUGCAAUUGCCAAAGUUGCAGAAAAUGGUUCCUUCAAAGGCAGUCUCACAGGAGUAAGCAUUGGAACGGUGACAGAAGCCCAAAAAGUAUGGGGAGUUUUCCAAGCUCUUGGCAACAUAGCUUUCGCGUAUUCGUAUUCUCAAAUUCUCAUCGAAAUUCAGGAUACCAUAAAAAGUCCACCUUCUGAGGUAAAAACAAUGAAGCAAGCCACAAAGAUAAGUAUAGGCGUGACGACGUUAUUCUACAUGCUUUGCGGCGGCAUGGGCUAUGCUGCAUUUGGAGACACAUCACCAGGAAACUUACUCACCGGAUUUGGUUUCUAUAAUCCAUAUUGGCUCAUUAAUAUUGCUAAUGCCGCUAUCGUAAUUCAUCUCGUGGGAGCAUACCAAGUUUACGCGCAACCCUUAUUUGCUUUCAUCGAGAAAAUAAUGAUAAAAAGAUGGCCUAAAAUAAACAAGGAAUACAUACUUACAAUUCCGGGUUUUCGUCCUUACAAUCUAAACCUAUUUCGAUUAAUUUGGAGGACUAUAUUUGUGAUCACGACAACAGUUAUAUCAAUGUUGAUUCCUUUCUUCAAUGAUGUUUUGGGAUUACUUGGAGCAGUUGGAUUUUGGCCUUUAACAGUUUAUUUUCCAGUGGAGAUGUAUAUCACACAGAAGAAGAUUCCAAAAUGGAGUUAUAAAUGGAUUUGUAUGCAAACUUUAAGUGUUAUAUGUUUUGUAGUAUCAGUUGUGGCUAUUGUUGGAUCAGUGGCAAGUAUUGUGCUUGAUCUAAAGAAAUACAAACCAUUCACAACUGAUUAUUGAAAAUAACUCAACUUUUACUGUCUUCUUAAGGGUGUAAAAAGCAACUUUGGGUAGUGAUUUAUGUGUUUUUUGUAUCA